ACACUGCACGCGCAACAGUGCUGCACGCGCAUGACCGGUGCCACCUUUUUAGAUUGUUCACUAGGUUUUGACACACAGCCAGUGUGAUUUAGAGAAGUGUACUCCGAAAUGAUGUGUGGUUGAACAUGACAGGCCCAAUGACUCGUAUGCUUUCCUCACCACAAACCAACUCCCUGCGAGAGUUUGUGCUUGUGCGUUGGCUGGUGUCAAUGCUGCUUCACACAGCGCGUCUUCCUCAUUAAAACACCGGACAUAUGAGCACAAGGAACUCGACAAAUGCGACCUCCAUCACUCAGUAACGAUAUAACUUCCUGUAAAGGACUCAACUUAUAAAAAGUAGACGUGCUUGUAAUGGUCUGAAUGGGGAUGUUGUGAAAAAACCGCCUGGACGUCGCCACCAAAACUUCGAGGGAGCCUCAUUAAUCUGUCAGCAAUUCAUCAUUUUUUUUAUUUAAUCUGCUAUGGAUCCACCUGAAAGCUCGGUGAACCGCAUUGGUCGCACUAUUUGGACCGUUUGGGGUUAUCUGUCAGGGGCUGUUGCAAGAUAUCUCAGACCGGAAGUCACAGAUGAAGGAAACCAAAGUGUUCGUACCAGAACAGAAGAUAUUGACUUGAAAAGUGCAGUAAACAAGAUUAACAAAGAAGUAACGGCAAAUAAUUUCAACAAUGAAGGGAAGAAAACUAAUCAAAUUGACAGUGCAGAGGUCAAGUGUUCCCCAAUUAAUGCCAGAGUGCAAGUGGCUUCUGUGCCGUGGGAAAACACUGAUGUGGUCAAGGACGACAGUAAUGAUGAACUUCAUGUUCACACCACAAAAAAACAAACUUACCAUUGUGCAGUGUGGUCCACUGGGACUGAUUCAGACAACGAAGGACGUAUGGUUGGCGCAUGUGUUGAGAAAGAAGCAGUUUCAUCCGAUGAGGUUCAGGCUGAAAAAGUAUAUGCAAACAAUGAGUGUAAGGAGAGUGAAACUGCACACAAUUUGGAAGAAACUGGAAAGACUGAACAAAAAUAUGGUGACAAUGAAGAUAAAGAAGAGCGUGAUCAGAAUCAUGAGGAUGAAAAGUGUGCAAAGAAGAGAGAAGAUGCAUAUAAGACAGACGUAAUGGUCCAAUUUGAGCAAGAUGUAGAACAGGAAAAGCAGAUAAACAUGGCGGACCAUGGAGAGACAGAAGGCAUUGCAGGUUUUAAAAAUGCAGAUGAACAUCUAAUUGAAGAAAAGGAGAACGAUUUAGACCAGAAGGAUCAGGAGAAAACUGAGAAUGAUGAAGAACAAGGACUUGAAUCACAAGUUCAAGAUUUGCAGAAGAGUGAAGAUCCAGAUAACGCGGACGUAAUGGUCCAAUGUAAGCUUUAUGGACAAGAUGUAGAACAAGACAAACUGAUAAACAUGAUGGAUCAUGGAGAGACGGGAGGCAUUGGAGGUUUUAAACAUGCAGAUGAACAUCUUAUUGAUGACAUGGAGGUACAAAUUGUUGACCAGAAGGAUCAGGGGAAAAUUGAGAAUGAUGAAGACCAAGGAACUGAAUCACAAGUGCAAGAUUUGCUGCCACAGCUGGAAUAUUUAAAAAAAUAUUCUGAUGAAAUUGCUUACGUCUCUAAAAACGAGGUUGAGGAGAUGAUGCCUGAAACUAGAGGUGUGACUGAGCAGGAUAAGGAGAAUGAAACUGUGCAGGACUUGGAAGAAAUUGGGCAGCUUAAACGAAACGAUGGUGACAAUGAAGAUAAAGAAGAAUGUGAUCAGAGUCAUGAGGAUGAAAAGUGUGCAAUGAAGAGUGAAGAUCUGGAUAACACAGACGUAAUGGUCCAAUCUGAGCUUUAUGGACAAGAUGUAGAACAAGACAAACCGAUAAACAUGAUGGAUCAUGGAGAGACGGGAGGCAUUGGAGGUUUUAAACAUGCAGAUGCACAUCUUAUUGAUGACAUGGAGGUACAAAUUGUUUACCAGAAGGAUCAGGGGAAAAUUGAGAAGGAUGAAGACCAAGGAACUGAAUCACAAGUGCAAGAUUUGCUGCCACAGCUGGAAUAUUUAAAAAAAUAUUCUGAUGAAAUUGCUUACGUCUCUAAAAACGAGGUUGAGGAGAUGAUGCCUGAAACUAGAGGUGUGACUGAGCAGGAUAAGGAGAAUGAAACUGUACAGGACUUGGAAGAAAUUGGGCAGCUUAAACGAAACGAUGGUGACAAUGAAGAUAAAGAAGAAUGCAAUCAGAAUCAUGAGGAUGAAAAGUGUGCAAUGAAGAGUGAAGAUCUGGAUUACGCAGACGUAAUGGUCCAAUCUGAGCUUUAUGGACAAGAUGUAGAACAAGAAAUGCAGAUAAGCAUGAUGGACCAUGCAGAGAAAGAAGGCACUGGAGGUUUUAAACAUUCAAAUGAACAUCCUAUUGAUGAAAAGGAGAAACAAAUUGUUGACCAGAUGGACCAGGAGAUGACUGAGAAUGAUGAAGAACAAGGAACUGAAUCACAAGUGCAAGAUUUGCUGCCACAGCUGGAAUAUUUUACAGAGGAAGCCGAUGACCUUGCAAAGCCUGAAAGGCUGAAAGUAAUGGAAAAAUAUUCUUAUGACAUUGAUGAAUUCUCUAAAAAAGGGGUUGAGGAGGUAAUGCAUGAAACUGAGCAGGAUGAAGACACCACAGAAAGUGAACAAGACACGACUAAAUAUGAGCUAAUGGAGUCAGUAGAAACCCUGCAGAGAGUUUCCGAAGAACUAUCUGAAAAAAAAGUACCAAAUGUUGAACUGAAAAUGACCACAGUAGUGGAUGAGUUUUUCGAAACCGUUGAUACAUUAGAAGACACCCUGCUGUCGGAUUCAAAACGGGAUACUUCAGAAAAUACUCCUGUAACAGGAACUGGGUCACAUGUGGUGGCCAUGAAAACUGAAGGCAUGUUUUCAGAUCUAAUUGUUUGCGAGUUCCCUGUAGAAUUGAGGAAAGGGCCAGAGACUGCAUUGGCGGAGACUGAUUUGGGAUGUUUCGAGGAGAUCAAAACUAACCUACAUGAUCCCCAAACUCUUGCAGAAGAGCAAGCAGAAAGGGAAGCUGUGAUCACAUGCUCUGUUGAGCACUCUGAGACCCUGAAAGCAGUUGAUGAAGCAGUUGAGACUGAACAAGACAUUGAAACUUUAAUCGAAUCCUUGGGUACAACAGAAAGUCAGGCACAUCAGGAAAUAGACAAAACCGAGUUCUCACUCAAAGAACAUGUUGAUUUAAGAACUGAACUGAUGGAAGAAACAACUGAAACAAAGAUCAGUUCAGAAGAUGAGGAAGCAGAACCCUCCGAGAAAGAAAGUCAAUCAUCAGUCAUCAGAAAUGUCACUUUACAGUCACAUGAGCUUCUUGAGUUCACAGAAGGAGAAUGCAAAUCAUCUCUAGGAACAAUGGACACUUUCAAUGAAUCACUAGGAAAUUCAAGUAUGUCUGAAAUCGAGAUUAAACAUGUUGCAGAGGAGCAAACAGAUGUGAAACCUGUAUUAACAAGGUCUUUGAGUCCAGCAGAGUUUCUGGAGGAAACUCUACAUCUGCAGGGUGAAUCAGAGCAAUGCGCUGAAGAGCAGGAGAUCCUGGAGACAGAUGUGGUGAAGACUGCUUUAGAGUAUGUAGAAGGAAUAACAAAUCAAGUCUUGAAGGAAAUGAUAGAAACAGAAAUUAACUUCGUACAAGAAACAGAACCUUUGGCAGGACCUUCAACAGAAGAACCUGGUGAUGCAAAAUAUCAAGGACCUGCACAAUGUGUGUCAGCUGAUGCUUUUGUCCUGGAAGAAGAAGGGAAGUUAUUGGGUGAGACAAUGGACAGUAAGGUAGAAAUGGAGGUGGAAACCACAAGUAGUGAAGUUCUUAAACAAACCGAGCAACAUAUUAGUUCACCAGAGUGUGAAACUACUGAAGCUGAUGGACGUCGUGAUCAGAUACAGAAGGUCAUUGCUGGAGAAACAGUGUUGAGUAGUCAUGAAGACUUAAUGGAAGUCAGCAGACCUGGGAUGAAAAGAGGAUUUGAUUCAGUGAGCAAAGACCUUCCAGAGGUGAAGACAGAAGGCAAAUUUUAUUUGUAUCUACAGGCAUUUGAGGAAUCAUCUUUGGACUUUACCGUUCAGAAGUCUCGAAUUGCUGUGAAGAAUCCCCUAGUUCGGCCUCCCAAAGACCCCAGAAGGCUCCUCUUCAAGGCCUCGGUCGAACCUUUUGUCCCACAGCCUUCACCAUGUAGUCAGAAGGUUGAAGUCUCUGUUUCAAAUAAAGGGGUGACUGGAUUUAAACUUCCAGGACUGGGUGCAGAGCUGCCAGUAUUGAGAAAAACUGAGUUUGGGAAGAAAGCAAGAGAAGGAGGAGCAGCAGAGAGAACACUACAACCACAGCAAAAGUCAGUUGCAGUAACAGAGGAUUCUGUCAAACAAGAGCAAGUGCCAGCUAAACCCAAAUGGACACCGCCAAGGCAUCCUGGUAUGGGGAGUCCCUUCAUGAUGGCAGAACUCAAAAGCAAACUCAAAAAGCCUGUUCAGGAGUAAUAAUAUAUUUUCAGAUGCAUUCUUCACCCGUUUUUAUUUGUCUUAUUCAAGCACUAUGCAGCCUGGUAAAUAUUAUGGAAAGUUAUUCUACUGUUAUUCUAACUCUAAUUUCAUUUUACUUCCACUAUUUAGUUUGCUUCUAUCUAAGAAUCUAAACUGCGCAGACAUUUCUCAUGCAUUUUUCUUAAGAGUUUAACUGAGUAUGUAUUUAUAUUUGAAGGGGGAAAAAAAGUAUGAGUGAAAUGAUUACAUACUAAAUAUCAAUAAACAUUUUUGCACUUUUUUGCAGCACUUAAACUUUGACUGUAGUUCAAACUGUCGUAGCCAGUGUUUAUCACUAGGGGGCAGCAGAGAGUCACUGCUGGACAUGUAUGUCGUUUCGCCACUAGAGGGCAGAACAGAGUCGCUGGCUCUCGUAUCACAUUUAAAACUAUUUUAUUGCUAUUUGUUAUUGUUAUAUUGUAUAUUUCUUUUUCUUGUCAUUACUUUCUAUGUGUAUAAUUGUUUGGCAAUAUUGUAUGUAAACAAUCAUGGCAAUAAAGUACUUUGA